AGGGGAGGCGGGCCGGCGGCCGUCAAGCGGGGAAAGAUCGUCUGUGUGGGAGGCGACUAAACGCGGGCCCGCGGUAUAAAGGACACGAGGUCGCAGCGCUGCCGAGCCACAACAUGCCCAGAUACGAACUAGCAUUGAUUAUGAAAGCCAUGCAGCGGCCGGAGAUGGCUGCAGCCCUGCGGCGUACGGUCGAGGCGUUACUGGAAAACGGAGCCCUGGUGAGGAAUCUGGAAAACCUGGGAGAACGGACUCUGCCGUACAAAAUAUCCAAACACAAUCUGCGGCACACCAGAGGCGGGUACUUCUCGGUGGACUUUGAAGCGCCUCCGGCCAUUAUCCCCACCAUGUUGGACCAUUUAGACCGUGACGUUGAUGUGGUCAGACCUACAAUCCUCAAGCACAAAUUCCCAACGACUGAAGACAGCUGCCCAGGAUUGAUCCCACCCGACUACGAAGCAAAACUACGCUCCAAAAGAAAGUGACCUCACCUUGCUUGAGCGUAAAAUAUUUUAAAAUGUAUAUCGACAAAGCAUUCUACUUGAAAAGGUUAUUAAAGGUUAGGUUUUCCAUU